UUUCUAUAUAAAGGGGAGACAGAGGUUAGUAUUGAAAGCACAACUCGAUUAAUUCCCUCUUUUAGCACCUCAUCAAAUCAAUGGCACCUCAAGUAGAUUUGAGAGAGAUAGGUUUGGAAGGGUUUGAUCUAAUAGAUAAAUUCUACGGUGUAGCAGGAGGAUCAACCAGAACAAGGGUGAAGAAGAACAACAACAGGGUAUUUCCUGCACGACAAGGUCGUUGGGUUGUUCAUGAUGAGAUGGAAGAACCUGUCGUCAUGAAUAGCAAAGAGGUUGCUGCUCGUUUUGGUGGGAUACAUGUCGUUGAUUACUUCAACGGAAAAAAACCACAAGUUCGUUUGUGGUAGACAAUUUAGAACUUCACCACUUCACAUAUCAUAAUCAUAUUACUAUAACUUCUCUUUCAUAUUCUCAUUGUAAUAAAAGCAGCUCCACAUACAUAUUAUUAUAUAUGGAGGUCUUAUAUGUAGCUAUGUAAUGGGACUAUUACUAUAUAUAUUUCCAGUCUUAUAUAAUGUUGUUGGACAUGUACUCAAAUAACAUUCGAGUGCAACUCUUAAGGAAACUCAAUGUGUUCUUUGUUUUCUUCCAUAAUUUCACUC